CACGUUGCCAACCACUGACGAGCAACUUCGUGUUGGAGCCAAGAUGGCGUCAGUUUCCUCAAACACAUGAGCAACAAGAUACUCUCCAUCCAUUCAGUCGGCUAAAUCAUGGCGUCCGCCAGCACAGGGAGCAGGGUGUCCUGCGGGAGAGAUUUGAAUUGCGUGCCGGAGGUAGCGGACAUUUUAGCCGCGGUCGCCAAACUUGGGUUUGACUUCCUGUGCAUGCCGCUGUUCCACCCGAGGUUCAGGAGAGAGUUUGAGUUGGAGCCCGCAAAAUCCCGCUCCGGAGCUCAGACCCGUUCAGACCUGCUGCUGUGUGGCCGAGAUUGGAAUACACUUAUUGUUGGAAAGCUUUCUCCAUGGAUCGAUGCAGACUCAGAAAUCGAGACAGAGCGCAGGAACUCAGAGGCUGCUUUGGUGCAGGAGCUGAACUUCUCAGCCUACUUAGGUCUUCCAGUCUUCAUGAUCCCUCUGAGGGGCCCCCAUAGUGCCAACCUAGCCCGGCUGCUGCUAAAUCACAUCCAAACCGGACACCACACCUCAAAUUUCUGGAUCCGUGUCCCCCUAAUGGCCCCAGAGGACACACAAGAAGAACUCAUUGAGAAUGAACCAUCGAAAAGCACUGAUGAUGCAAGUGUUGAUGAGAAGACCUGGACCUGGUGGCACUCAUUCAGAACUCUUUGUGACUACAAUAAGAGGAUCUGUUUAGCUAUUGAAGUUGGAGCGGACAUGCCCUCAGAUUCUGUGAUCGAUAAGUGGCUCGGGGAGCCGAUCAAAGCAGCCAUACUUCCCACCAACAUCUUCUUAACCAAUAAAAAGGGCUUCCCUGUCUUGUCAAAAGCCCAUCAGCGAAUAAUCUUCCGUCUUUUCAAGUUGGAGGCCCAGUUCAUCUUCUCAGGCACCAGUCGCCACAGUGAGAAGGACUUCCGCUCGUACUUGCAAUACCUGGAAUACCUCAACCAGAACAGACCUGCACCCAAUGCCUAUGAGCUCUUCGCCAAGGGCUAUGAAGACUACCUGCAGUCCCCGCUUCAGCCCCUCAUGGACAACUUGGAGUCUCAGACAUAUGAAGUGUUUGAGAAGGACCCUAUUAAAUACUCACAGUACCAACAGGCUGUGUAUAAGUGUCUACUCGACAGAGUGCCAGAGGAACAAAAAGACACCAAUGUCCAGGUGUUGAUGGUGCUGGGGGCAGGGAGGGGUCCCCUGGUCAAUGCUUCCCUACGAGCUGCCAGACAGGCAGACAGGAAGUUGAGGGUCUAUGCUGUAGAGAAAAACCCCAAUGCUGUAGUAACCUUGGAGAACUGGCGCUUUGAGGAGUGGGGCGAUCAGGUGACAGUAGUGUCAUGUGACAUGCGGGAGUGGGAGGCGCCUGAGAAGGCUGACAUUAUUGUCAGUGAGCUGCUAGGAUCGUUUGGUGACAAUGAACUUUCCCCAGAGUGUCUAGAUGGAGCACAGCACUUUCUCAAAGAUGACGGAGUGAGCAUCCCCUGUUCCUACACAUCCUUCCUGGCUCCCCUGUCGUCCUCCAAGCUUUAUAAUGAGGUGCGAGGGUGCCGGGAACGCGACAAGGAUCCCGAGUGCCAUUUUGAGACCCCCUACGUCGUGCGCCUGCACAACUUCCACCAGCUGGCCGAGCCCAAACCUUGCUUCACCUUCACUCACCCCACCACAGAUAUGAACAACAACCGAUAUCAGUGCCUCAGAUUCUCAGUGGGUUGUAACUCAGUGCUCCACGGCUUUGCUGGCUACUUCGAGACCACUCUCUACAAAGAUGUCACUCUCAGUAUCAAGCCAGAUACACAUUCACCUGGUAUGUUCUCCUGGUUCCCAAUCCUUUUCCCUCUCAAACAACCCAUCCCCCUGUCCCGGGAUGAUGAUGUCACAGUGCGAUUCUGGCGCUGCAACAACGGGAAGAAAGUGUGGUACGAGUGGGCCGUGACUGAGCCCUCAUGCUCUGCCAUCCACAACCCAGCAGGACGCUCCUACACUAUUGGCCUGUGAAGAAGAUACAUGACAUCACACCCAUCAGCAAGCAUACUGGCACAUAUUUACAGGCACUUGGUGGCAAAUGGGGUGGAUGUAGCUCGGCUCUUUUUAUGUACACAGUUAAACUGGACUUUGUUGUGAGCCCCUAAGCCUGUGCUGACUGGGUCUGAAAACCUUCCAUGCAGGCACUUUUGAGACGAUAGUGUAAUAGAUAAUUGGAUUAACCAGAUUUCUGAGUCUGGUUGAUUGAACAAGUUUUUUUUAGGAGUCACUCUCAGCAGGCAUGGACUGUCAUCCACAUACAGUUUAGUAUUUUUCUUUUGUUGUUGUUGUUGUUUGUUUUUAUUUGUAAGCAGUCAAACAAGUCAACACCCAGUGAGAUUGGCUCAUUGAAAUAGGUCCAAUGGGUCACUGUCAAAACUCCUUGCCAUUGGUUCCUCAUGCUUUGUCAGGUGUUUGUCGUUUGGUUUGGUUUUCCUGUUCUGAUCGUCAUCACAGACGUACACCCUUUAUCCAACAGGACCUCUGCCUUACCAAGCACACAUUCCAUACUGACACUCAAAAGAAACACACUCUCAAGGUCAGAGGAAACUUGAGUUGUUCAGGUCCCAUACCAUCAUGACUCGGGUGUCUUUUCAUCCUUUUGUUACAGUACGUUUCUAUAUGUUUGAACCAUGUUGUCAAUAAAGACAAACUGUAAGGCA